CGCGAAAACAUCAAGGUCAUGCAUGGCGUUCGAUGCGUCGAGUUCAACUUUGGUUUUGAUACUGGGUUCAAAUUUAUACAUUCCCAAAGGUGUUGAUCGGCCGUGAAACUCGAUUCUCUAUAUCAAACCUUCAUUCAGACUUCUCUUCUCCGCUUUCAUAAACCUCAAUUGUCCCAACAUGACUGUGGACUGUCGAUCUCCGCUCUCGGGGCCCGACUUUCGGCUCCCGAUCUAGCUUCAAUUCCUUUUUUACCAAAGCAUGUCUCCUUUUUAUACAAGUCCUGUCAGCUUGGAAAGUGAACAACAAAAAAAUCUGUCACCGAAGAUUAACUCUCGCGAAAUAAUUGAGUAGCUACUCAAAGUCAAGUCACUUUUUAUUUGUGCUUCUGACCAUUUGUUUACAUGAUUCAUUGAUUGUGAAAUCAUGUCUACCAUCAAAGCGGCUAAUCUCUUUGGCGUUGAGGGCCUUGUGGCCGUCAUUACAGGCGGUGGUUCAGGCAUUGGGUUGAUGAUGGCAAAGGGUCUGGCGGAGAACGGCGCUGCGCGAGUUUACAUUGUGGGUAGACGGGAGGACAAGCUUCGAGAAGCAGCAGCAAAUCACCCAAACAUCGUGCCUCUCGUCGGGGAUGUUACGAGUCAAGCAACACUCUUGGAUCUAGCAAACAAAGUUAGAGCGGAAGUCGGAUAUAUCAAUCUGCUUGUGGCCAAUGCAGGUAUUACCGGCCCGGGGCUGGAGAACCUUAAGCCGCGGCACACGCUGCAAGAUUAUAUCACACACGCAUGGGGCUCUUCUAUGGCCGAGUUCAACGCCGUCUACGACCUCAAUUGUACUGCUGUUUAUUACACGAUUCUCGCAUUUCUCGACCUUCUUGACGAAGGGAACAAGCGGAAGAACUAUCCAAUGAAGAGCCAGGUCAUUGCCACUGCCAGCACGGCUAGUUUUCUGCGAAACCCGCGGGCGGGAUUUGCAUACCUGAGCAGCAAAGCUGCCUUGAUCAGCAUGAUUAAGUGCUUUUCGACAUUUUGCGUGCCUUGGGGAAUUCGAUUUAAUGCAAUUGCUGCUGGACUCUUUCCCUCGGAACUCUCCGCUCCCCUUUUCAAUCCUUUCAAGAUCAGCAAAGAGAAGGCCCUCACCGAGGAGGGUGUCUUCUCACGCGCUUACCAACCUGCUGAGCGGGCUGGUUCUAUUGAGGAUAUGGCUGGAACCAUGCUCUAUAUGGCGAGCCGUGCCGGUGCAUUCUGCAAUGGAAGUGUUAUGCUUGUUGACGGUGGAAAACUCGCGACUAUGCCUGCGACAUAUUAACUGGACAAACCAAUGAGUUUGCUUUCUCCUUGGAUUUGCCGUACUCGAGACCAGUUUUAUAUGUCUGCCUUUGCUGAAUUUGCAUGGCGGCGCUCAUAGGACAAAUGAUAAAUCAUGUUUGGUUGAAGCAUAUUAUUUGAUAAUACUUUUAAAGGGAAUAAUAUAAUAGCAUAUGCAGUUUUCAUUUCGAUGACUUCC